ACUAGAUGGAAGGUUCCAGUCACCAGGGCGACCCGAUAAACAAUCAACGAAGCGCAGUAGGUACUUCAAGAGCAUUUGCUUUCUUUUAUUACCAUUUAAAAUGAAUACAACAGACUUGGUAUCAAAAUCAGAAGAUGGCACACCUUCUCAUAAUUUUCACAAUGAAAUGCCCUCGCAGAACACUUGGACAGAUGAAGAAACUGAAGAGGAAGCAAUGGAAAAUGUAUUGAAAUAUGAGGAUACGCUGUUUCCAGUUUCCACUGAUCAGCAGGAUGGGUUCAGCUCUGAUUCCAGUUGGGAUGACCAAGAAAGAGAUUUUAAUGCUGAUGCUGAUAAAACAUGGAAGAUAACCCAUGCUGAGAAAGUAAGAACUUUCAAAUUACGUAAGAAACUUGACCAACUUGAUUCUAUGAGACAGCAGAAGGAUCAUGAUCUUCUUAAAGUAAGGGAGGAGCUGAGAGCUUGUCACAUGCGUAUUGCAGAGCUCAAGAGGCAACAAGAAGAAGUGGAAAAACAAAUAUUGGAAGAGCAAAACUCUGAAAACAUAGCAGCUAUGUUUCGCCUGCGGGCUUUGCACAAAAGGCUAGGCAUUGAACUUCAAGGGGAAGAAGACCUUGAGUCACAAAUUGCAAUGGCAGUGAAAGAAAAUGAGAUGGAGCAAUGUGAACUGGAAGUCCAGCAAAGGAAGUUUAAACAUGUACUGCAGGAAGUUCAAUUAAAUGAGGAAAUAAUUGAGAGGCAGAAAAACUGGGAGGCCACACAAAGGCUUCAGAGAGAGGAAGCAUCUCAAAUCAGGAAGCUUAGGUCUCAGAAUAACAUUAGCCAACACAUAAAGCCACUGAAGGAGAGGGAGAUGUAUCAUCGCAAAGCAGUGGAAGAAGCACAGAAGAGCCAUAGAAAAGCUAUGCUUUUCCUGAAGGAGACAAUGACCAGAGUUAGACAGAAAGCAGCUGCCGAAGAAGCACGGAGCCGGGAAGAAAUGGAAAAGAAAAUGCAAGCUAUUUUAUCCUUAAAAAGCAAUAUUGCACAAAAUAAGGAAAACCUGCGCAUCCAGCAAGCCCGUGAUAAAGCAAAGGCCUUACAGCAGAAAGAAGAAGAAGACCAUUUGAGAGAAUCACUAAAAGCAGAAGGGCUAGAUGUUACCAAAUACAUGUAUCAACAGAAACGUAUGCAAGAAUUUGAGAAGAUGAAACAAUUACACGAGGAGCAGCAAAGAUUGGGAAAACUAAAAAUAGCUUCUAAAAUAGUAGAAGAAGCUUCUCUGUUAGAAAAACGCAAAAAACAUCAAGCAAGGAAUUUUCUCCGUAUUUCUAAAAGAUCCAUUAACAGGGAAUUAGGCAUUUCUCAUCAAACCUUACAGCGCUACCCAGAUUGCUUUCUUGAGGACACAGUUAAAGAAGAUUACAAACCUGUGAGGUGCAGUUCCUCCCCAGUAUCUGAGGAUGAAAGCUUAGCUGAAGAAAACAACAAUCCUGAUUUCUCAGAAUGGCUUAGUAAAAGAGAUGAUUCAGAAGAAACAGAAGAAAACUUAGCUGAGCCUGAAUUCAAAGGACUAUGGGAGCAACCAUUCAAGUCUGAACAGCUUCUCAAAGACAAACCAUUCUCCAAACUGUUUACUUCAAGCAAGAUGGAUCAAGAAAUGUUAGCUCGAGCACUAGAAAAACAAAGUUGUGGAAUAAUUCAAAAGCAAAUUGUUGCAGGAAAGGAAUUCAAGGGUUGUGCUUUCAAAAGUAAACCUGAUGUCAUUCAUUUUAAGGACUUUGAGGUUGGAAAAUCCUAUAAAAAGAAAAUCCUACUGACUAAUGUGUCCUACUCAAUCAAUUUUUGCAAGCUACUAGGCAUUAGUGAACAUCUUCAAGACUUCAUUUCUGUCCAGUUUACUCCACCAGGACCAAUGUCAGCAGGAAUGACCUGUGAUCUUGUAGUCAUAUUUAAACCAAAGAUUAAUGAAGAUAUGUUUGGAGAAGUCAAUUUUUUGGCACAGACAGGUGCAUUUACUGUUCCUGUAAAAUGUACCGUAAAGAAAUGCGAGCUUGCUGUCGAUAUCAACUUCAUUGACUUUGGGACCAAUGUGAUAGGUGAGACAAUUUCUCGGACCAUUACCCUAACAAACAGUGGAGCACUGGGAACACAGUUUCACUUAGUGACAACAUCAAGUUCUGGUGCUAUUCACCUUCUUACUGAACCACCAACUAUGGGAGAUCUGGAUACACAAGAUUUUGAAUGCUCUGAAAUCUCUUUUCAAGAGAGUAGAAGCCAAAAAGAUGAACUGGAGAUUUACUCUGAGAAACCCAGUCGGACCUCAAUGGUAAAAAGGGACUCUGGCACAUCAAGCAGAACACAGAAAAUGCAAGAGAUGCCAAAUUCCACAGAUGAGGAAAUACUACAUGAAGCAGAUCCAACAAUUGAAAAUGAAUCUUUGAUGUCAGAACAGCCUAAAACUGACAGGACAGAGAAACUAUUGGCGACGCACAGUGAACCAGUGAUUGUGGAAUGUGAUGAGAUUCAGAUUGAUGCAGGAAAUGGUAGAAAAGGUGAAAUUGCUCCAUAUGGUUGCAUCAAACUUCAAGUGAUUUUCACUCCAAUAGUCCCUGGUGAAGUACACAUGAGUUUUGAUAUUGUGUUUUCUGAUCCCAAUUCUAAAUCAAUUCCAAUCCAUGUUUGUGGAGUUGCAAGUGACAUGCCUGUAUGGGUGACAAGGCCAAACAUUGACUUCAAGAUCUGCAUGUAUGACAGACUUUAUCAGGACAGCAUUUCUGUGCGUAGCAGGUCAAAUAUAUCAUUACAGUUGACAUUUGAAGUUUGCAAAGAGCUAAAAAAUCACAUGGAGAUUCUUCCUAAAACAGGAUUCAUUCAGGCACAGUCAACAUUUAAUGCACAGCUCAAAUUUCUUCCCAGACAGUCUUUAGCAGAUGAUGCAGAGGGUUACUUUGACAAGGAUACUGGAGUUUUGGAAGUGCCAAUGAUUAUCCAUGUAGCAGACCAGACCCGGGCUAUCCCUUUUGCUGUCCAUGCUGUGGUCACAACAUCUGAUCUGGAGUUCAAUAAGGCUGUACUGGAUUUCGGGCACUGCUCCAUUUUUCACUCCGUUCAGCUCAGCAUUAAAAUAACAAACCACUCACUCCUCCCACAGGACUUUGGCUUUGUGCAGCUCCCACAGUGUAUAGAUAUCCAGCCAAAUGAUGGAUUUGGGACCCUUCUUCCAUUGGAAACCUUUGACUUGAAUGUUAUAUUCAGUCCUGAAAUAGCAAAGGAAUACAAGUUUGACUUAAUUUGUAAAUGUCUGACUAACAGGGAAUUCAAGUUGUCCUGCAUCGGAGUUGGAGUUCAUCCGCCCCUGGAACUUUCCCACUCUCUGGUACAGUUUCGCGCUACAGCCAUUUAUGAUACAAGCACUGUCAUAAUCUAUGUCAUCAACUCUCACACUAGUUUGAAUGAGCUCUCCCACUCUGCAUCAUUGGUUGGCAAAGGCGAGAUUGCACCUGUUGGACCAACUGCCUUUGAAUUUGCGGUUCCUGAACAUCUGGAUAUAACUGUUGCACCUUCUGUAGGAACUGUAAUGCCAGGCGAGAAAUGCCUAGUUCGAGUUACAUUCCGGCCCAAGAUAAGUGACCAGGCCAUCAAAGAAGAAGCUGUACGAAUGAUGCUCCUUGCAGAAGAGGGAAAGAUACUACAAGAGAAGACUGAAAAGGAUGAAUCAAACACCUUAAAAGCUGAAUCGGAAUUUGUGUCUUAUUCAGUUACAAAAAAAUCUACAAGACAAACUAGUCCUGUUACACCAGUACAGGCAUCAAAAGAAAAAGCAGUCAAAACAAGUGGCACCCCUAAGUCCAAUUCCUCUCAAAUACCUUUUGAAUCUUCCAAAACCGAAGACAUUCAGAAAGAUUCUGAUGAGUAUGCUGCAGCUCAAGCAUCUCUGAUUCGCUCUUUCAAAGACUCUGUCAGUACAUGUAUUAUCUCCUGCUUUGUUGGUGCAAUUGCAAAUCCAAAUAAACCAGGUUCAAUACAGUAUAGUUCCAGUAAUACAUUGUAUAUGGAAGUACGCUGCCCUGCUGUUAAACCCCCUCUAAUUGUAAUUUCUAACCAAGGCAGAACUUCACUGAAUUUCGGAGAUGUGGCCACUGGUCACACGCUGAAGAAAAGAAUUAGAGUACAAAAUAUCUCCCAUGAAACACUGGAACUCAGUUCCUCUCUUUUUAACCCCUGUGGACCUUUUAUGUUGAUGAACGCCCUGAGGCCUCUUCUGCCAGGAGCAACUCACACCCUCUUGAUCUCAUUUACCCCUGUGGAAAACAAAAAGUAUUAUGAAACCUUGGAGGUUCAAACUAAAAAUGCAGCCCUAAACUUGAACCUAUCUGGGACAGGACUAUGUCCUGUGGUGAUAUGUUCAGUGGAGGAUGGUGUCUUAGAUUUUGGAUGCAUUCUUGCCAAAGAGAAUACUUCAUGUUUUUUUAAGUUACAGAACACUUCUCCAGUCACAACUGAUGUCUCUAUGAAACUGGACAGUUUAUCAGUAAGGUUACUUAUGGAACAGCAGGAGAUCCCAGUCUUCUUGACCCCAGGCAAAGAAAGAAAUUCACCUGUUGGGACGCAAAACUACCAUGGACUGAGUGUCUUCAGUGUGUCGCCUGCAGAGGUCACUAUAGAGCCAGGAAAGACUCAUGAUAUUUCUGUGAUAUUCCAGCCAGACCAUGAAAGUUUAUAUUACUCUGACAGACUUCAGGUGGAACUUGGAGAUAAGGUAGCUCAUGUGAUAACACUUAAAGGGGCUGCAAGGAACUGUGCCAUGUACCUAACUGGAGGGGAUCCACUUGAUGUUCCAGUAGAAUCACUUGUCGAGCUCCCUACAAGAGAAGAUCCAGAAAAAGGAGAGGCCACUGAUGUCAUACCAGUCCUCCUGACACUGAAGGUAACCCAAAAAGAGGAUACCCUGGUGCAUUUGCAAAGAGAGCUUGUAGUUGGCUGCCUAAAAUCUACACAGCCCACCACAAAAAAGAAUGUGGAAUUCAGUUUUGAUAAUGUUCAGAGCCUCCAGCAUAAAGGAUUCACUGUUGAUCCUAGUAGGGGAACUGUUGAUCCUGGCCAGAAAAAAAGCAUCUCUGUGACCUGGGUGCCUCCUAAUGGUCAUGAUCGAAGAUAUCCUGUUUCUGCCUCUGUACUGCUGACCCUUAAAGGAGACAUAACUGAAAUAUACAAAGUGAACCUCUUAGCAAUUAUUGUGGAUGCCUGAAGGUGAACACAGCUUCCGAGGGACUUCAUUAAGAACCUAUUGCUGAUCUGCUAUCUGUAAAGUUAAUAAAAAGAUAAAAUUUUAUAUCAA